AUGACUACUCCAUAUGAUCUUAUAAGCCUUGACAUUUUAGAAGUUGACCCUCAGGAUGUUUUAGUGAUUCCACCUCUAUAUAAUGAUGAUGAUCAUUUAGAAUCAAAAUUGAAAUUAACCUAUCGACAGAUGAUUAGAUCUGCAAGAUUACAUCAGCAUAUUCCUACUUUAACUUAUGCAUAUUAUCUAGGAAUGUUAAUUGAUUCACAUGAAAUUCCUAAAGAUAUUAUUAGAAAAACAAUUACACCUUAUUACAGAAGAGCAGCUGAAAGAACUUAUUUUAUUUUUGAAAAUAAUAUUUCUCAAAUUUAUCGAUUAAAGUUUACAACAUUAUUUCUAAUUGAAAGAUUGAAAAUGGUUGAAUAUCAGUCACUUUGUCAACCAUUCUAA